AUGGAUAAAAAGAUAGUGCGCAAAGGGCCGCUGCCUGGGGGUCGCCGGGGCGCGUCUGGAGCUGGCGCUGGACGCGGCAGCAUGCGGGCCGCCAGCCGAGCGCGAGGAGCUGCACGGUCAUCUACCAGCCCUCCGCAUCCAUCAUCCCCACCAGAAGGCUUGGUGUCGGCUGGGUCUUCUCGGACUCAGCAAGCGGCACCCGCCGCUGGUGGAGCACGUCGCAUGCGUUGGUCACAAGAAAUGAAUGCAAACGCACUGCGGGCGUACUUUAGGGCAAAAGGGGAAAAAACUGGAUGUUUGGCGUAUCGGGCUAGGAUGCAUCGUCUUUUUGCUGAGCUGGAGCCAUCUUUAAUCGUCACAGAGCAAAACCUGGCAGACCGAGUUCGGUAUAUCUUGCGCUCAAAUAUAUUUGAUGUCGCCGAACUCGAACGGCUACGACGUGAGGCUGUUCCCUCGUCGGAUGAGAAUGCUACGGCUGAGGAUGCGGCGCCACAAAUGGUAGAGCAACCCGCAAACGUGGAUGCCGCCGUGAAUACCCCAGUUGUGGUUGAUUCAAACGAUGAUGGAACAGUCGCCCAGGAACUGGAAUUAGAGCAUAUGAGGAGUAUAUUGGAAGAAGCGAUUGUGGAAACGCGCAGUACGCCUCUCGAAAAUCGACCGCGACUUCCCCGCAUAGCCCUAAGCAAGCGGAAUCGGGCUGUCGUGAGGGCUCUGAACCCAAUGCUGGUUACCUAUUUGGAAGCCAGCCGGGACCUUUGCGAGACGGACUCAAUUCUUUUUGGCGCCGCGCUGGCAGUCUGCCGUAUCAUAGGCGCCAAGGUUUCCACGGCUGGACGCGCUACUGGCCAUAGUAGCGCUAUCCCAGCAUGGAGAAGAAGAAUUGAGGAACGUAUCGCAAAGGCUAGAGCUCUCAUCGGCAGACUGAUAUGCUUCAGAUCAGGCAACAACAGGCCAAGAAUUGUGCGCACCGUCAGGAUGGCGUUUGCUGGGACAAAUGUCAGUUUGUCCCAGCCGGAUAUAACGCAAAAACUGACGGAGCGCAUAGAUGAUCUGAAGCAGAGAAUCGCUGCUUGGGGAAAGCGGAUUCGGCGAUAUACCGAGAGGUCGACACGGUUCAACCAGAAUCGUCUCUUCCAGAGUGAUCAGAAGAGGCUCUAUGAAUCAUUGGAGCGACCAAUGGUAAGUGGAACGGGUCCAGCACCGGAUCAGGCCGACACUGUAGCAUUCUGGCGCGGCCUGUGGUCAGAGCCCGUAAACCACAGCGAGGGCCCUUGGACGGAAGUUGUGGCGAGUCAGUGUGCGGGUAUUACGCCCAUGGACCCCGUCAUCAUAACGCCGGAUGACGUAGCUGAGGCGGUUCGUAGGGCCCCGAACUGGAAAAGUCCGGGGCUUGACGGGCUGCAUCACUACUGGCUGAAGGGGUUCAUGGUGUGUCACUCUGUGCUCGCCCGACAGUUUCAAGAGGCUCUCAACCAGAAGUCGCUCCCAAGCCUCUUCACUACUGGGAUCACUCAUUUAGUUCCUAAAGACCAGGGGCCGCUGCCUGGGGGUCGCCGGGGCGCGUCUGGAGCUGGCGCUGGACGCGGCAGCAUGCGGGCCGCCAGCCGAGCGCGAGGAGCUGCACGGUCAUCUACCAGCCCUCCGCAUCCAUCAUCCCCACCAGAAGGCUUGGUGUCGGCUGGGUCUUCUCGGACUCAGCAAGCGGCACCCGCCGCUGGUGGAGCACGUCGCAUGCGUUGGUCACAAGAAAUGAAUGCAAACGCACUGCGGGCGUACUUUAGGGCAAAAGGGGAAGAAACUGGAUGUUUGGCGUAUCGGGCUAGGAUGCAUCGUCUUUUUGCUGAGCUGGAGCCAUCUUUAAUCGUCACAGAGCAAAACCUGGCAGACCGAGUUCGGUAUAUCUUGCGCUCAAAUAUAUUUGAUGUCGCCGAACUCGAACGGCUACGACGUGAGGCUGUUCCCUCGUCGGAUGAGAAUGCUACGGCUGAGGAUACGGCGCCACAAAUGGUAGAGCAACCCGCAAACGUGGAUGCCGCCGUGAAUACCCCAGUUGUGGUUGAUUCAAACGAUGAUGGAACAGUCGCCCAGGAACUGGAAUUAGAGCAUAUGAGGAGUAUAUUGGAAGAGGCGAUUGUGGAAACGCGCAGUACGCCUCUCGAAAAUCGACCGCGACUUCCCCGCAUAGCCCUAAGCAAGCGGAAUCGGGCUGUCGUGAGGGCUCUGAACCCAAUGCUGGUUACCUAUUUGGAAGCCAGCCGGGACCUUUGCGAGACGGACUCAAUUCUUUUUGGCGCCGCGCUGGCAGUCUGCCGUAUCAUAGGCGCCAAGGUUUCCACGGCUGGACGCGCUACUGGCCAUAGUAGCGCUAUCCCAGCAUGGAGAAGAAGAAUUGAGGAACGUAUCGCAAAGGCUAGAGCUCUCAUCGGCAGACUGAUAUGCUUCAGAUCAGGCAACAACAGGCCAAGAAUUGUGCGCACCGUCAGGAUGGCGUUUGCUAGGACAAAUGUCAGUUUGUCCCAGCCGGAUAUAACGCAAAAACUGACGGAGCGCAUAGAUGAUCUGAAGCAGAGAAUCGCUGCUUGGGGAAAGCGGAUUCGGCGAUAUACCGAGAGGUCGACACGGUUCAACCAGAAUCGUCUCUUCCAGAGUGAUCAGAAGAGGCUCUAUGAAUCAUUGGAGCGACCAAUGGUAAGUGGAACGGGUCCAGCACCGAAUCAGGCCGACACUGUAGCAUUCUGGCGCGGCCUGUGGUCAGAGCCCGUAAACCACAGCGAGGGCCCUUGGACGGAAGUUGUGGCGAGUCAGUGUGCGGGUAUUACGCCCAUGGACCCCGUCAUCAUAACGCCGGAUGACGUAGCUGAGGCGGUUCGUAGGGCCCCGAACUGGAAAAGUCCGGGGCUUGACGGGCUGCAUCACUACUGGCUGAAGGGGUUCAUGAAAGAGCGACUACAAUUGACACCACAAGAUGGCAAACCAGCUUCAGGGGCUAGUACAUGGCUCAGCAAGGGAACUCCUUCAAGCUUUGUUAUGAAAACUUCAACAUCAAAUCAAUGA